AGGCCUGCGGAGCACUAAGAACGGCAUUGCCCAGAGGACCGUGCACCGAGUGACACCAGCGUGGACCAAUGAAGGUCCAAGAGACGGGCGUUUCCGUGUGUGCCAUCACAUUGGGGCAGGACUUCUGGGGUCCUUCUGGCAGUCGUUUUGGCAGCUCUGGGGUCGGUUUCCUGUUUGGAGGCUCCAGAGCACAGGGUCAGGACAAGGUGACGACUGGGGAGUCACGAGAGGAGGCAUCCCCGCGGCACUGCACUGCUCCCAGCCCUGCUCUUCCCACAGAGUCCGAUGGCGGCCACACCCAGGGACCCAGCUCAGGAAGGGAAAUUCAGAUGAUGAUGAGAAGAUUAUUAAGAGGCCCAGCAGAAGAGGAUGGGUACUGAGUCUAGACCUGCUCCUGGCAGCAAGUGGUCUCUCAAACCAGCACUGGGGCUGGGUGGCCUGGGAGGAGGGCUGUUUGUGGUUUCAUCUCUCCCCAUCAUGGCAGGGUAGUGUGACCUUUGAAGACGUGGUUGUGUACUUCUCCUGGGAAGAGUGGGGGCUCCUUGAUGAGACUCAGAGAUGCCUGUACCAUGAUGUGAUGCUGGAGAACUUUGCACUUGUGAUCUCACUGGAUCUUCACCAGCACCAGAAGCACAAUGAAGAGAAGCCAUUCAGAUGGGACAUGGAGCUUCUGACAAGCUACAAACUGCAUGUGUCAGGGAAGCCUUUCCCCUGUGGGGAAAUUGGGAAGGACUUCCUGGCCAUAUUGAGUCUUCUCCAACAUCAGGCCACUCUCAAAGGGGCCAACCCACACAGCAGCUUGGAACUUGAGGAGUCCUUUCAGGGUAGAGAAAGUCCUCACAAGUGCAGCGACUAUGGCAAAGCAUUCAGCUAUGAAUAUAAACUUUUCCAGCAUCAGCACAUUCACACCAGAGAAAGUUAUCACGACUGGGAUGACUGUGAUAAACCUUUUAACCAAAGCUCCACCCUUAUUAAUUGCCCGAGAGCUUACCCAGGACCAAGGACUUAUGAGUGUAACGAAUGUGGGAAAUCCUUUAGCCAAAGCUUCAACCUCAUUCAACACCACAGAAUUCACACGGGCGCAAGGCCUUAUAAAUGCAGCGAAUGUGGAAAAGCCUUCAGCUUCAAAUUCAGACUUGUCCAGCACCUGCAGAUUCACACUAGAGUGAGGCCUUAUGCGUGUGGUGAAUGCGGGAAAGCCUUCAGCUACAGCUCUACUCUCAUUAAACAUCAGAGAGUUCACACGAGAGAAAAGCCUUACAAGUGUGGGGAGUGUGGGAAUUCCUUCAGCCAAAGCUCCAACCUCAUUCAACACCAGAAAAUUCACAGCGGAGCCAGGCCUUACAAAUGCAAUGAAUGUGCAAAAUCCUUCAGCUACAAAUGCAAACUUGUUCAGCACCUGCGCAUUCACACGGGAGAAAGGCCUUACGAAUGCGGUGAAUGUGGGAAAUCUUUUAGCCACAGGUCCACUCUCAAUCAACACCAGAGAAUUCACACUGGAGCCAGACCUUAUAAGUGCAAUGAGUGUGACAAAUCCUUUAGCCAGAAGUCCAACCUCAUCCAGCACCGCAGAGUCCACACAGGAGAAAAGCCUUACGAGUGUGGGGAGUGUGGGAAAUCCUUCAGCCAAAGCUCCCACAUCAUUCAACACCGAAAACUGCACACCAGAUGA